AUGCCUUUUUCUUUUCCUCAUUUAUUUGCCGAAAUUAACCAAAAAUAUUUUGAAUCUGGGGACGAAAAAAUUGAACUUGUGGCUUCUCCUGAUGACCUUUCUUUGGCAAUUGCUUCCCUCUCUUAUUUAGAAAUAGAGGAAUUAGAGAAAAUAUUUUAUUCACUUUAUAACAAGUUGUUUUACUUCUUUAAUUAUCUAGACUAUCAGCCAUUAGACGUAAUUAUUAGUCAGUGGCAACUAACGGAAAAAAUUACUCUGCGGCGGAAUGUUUUACAAUUGCCGAGUGUUGAUAAAAAAGAACCAACCAGUGUGCGUUCUGAUAUUUUAAUUCUCAAAAAGGCUCUUAAUGACCUUGGGGUUCAUACUCGCUUUAGUGCUCUGGAUGGCAUAAAUGACCCGGCCGAAUAUAUUAAAGCAGCUCAGGAAAAAGGAUACAGUGCUCUGGGAAUUACCGACCAUUAUAACGUCCAGGCUUUUCCCGAAUUUUGGCAAUUUCGUAGCCCUAAUCUUCAAUUGAUUUAUGGCUGUGAAAUGGAAAUGCUGGAAGACAAAUUGCCACCCUACAUUUUUAAUCACAGUCCCCAAUCGCGAAAAUUUUUAGAACAAGAUAUUGAAAAUUUAACUUACUGUAUUUUUGAUUUGGAAACAACGGGAUUUUUUUCGGAAUAUAAUGAAAUAAUUGAAAUUGUUUGGAAAGAAAAAUUUGCUGAAGAAUUGCCUUAUCCAUUAAGCCGUGCCACGGGAAAAGGCAAAAUUCAACAAGCCCACCGGGCUUUGGAAGAUAGCAAAUUAUUAACUGAUUUGUUUACCAAAUUAUUAAAGUCUCUCCAAGAACAAGGAAUUAAGCAGUGA